AUGUCCCCGCUGCCUCUCUCUGCUGCCCUCCUCUGUAACACCGAAGCAUUUGCAGAAAGAGUGAGAGAGGAAGACUCCGUGGAGAAAGGUCCCAGUGUGGGGAAGGCUGCUGAUGGAGAUCGCUGCGGGGCUGCAAACCCUGCGUCCAAAGCAGCUCAGACCUACAGCACCGGCACAGCUGGGCCCCACAUUACAAGCCUCAGGGUUUCUCCUGUGCUGGAAGCCAGUGGGUGCCUGCCAGGCUCAGGGGUCCCCACAAAGCCUGGGUCCCCCCGAAUUCAGCAGGUAAUCCUUUCCCGGUGUGCACACCAGCAGGUUCCCCGCGGGUCGCUCCGCUCGAGGAUCAUUGAUGCUGCGGGAAUCCAGGAGAGGAGCUGGGUUGGGAACGGGCGCUGGGAGGGACAUGGAUGUGAAAGAGGUGGAAACCGUAAGGCUGCCCUCGUCCUUUUAAAUAGCUGCAGCCAGGGGACUCCGCUCGCUGGCUGGGGUGCCCCAGGUAUCCGGUUUCAGCAAACAUCAGCUAAUGAGCACAGAUCCAGCCUCCGAGGGGCAGGUUCAGCGCCGCCGUACCGCACGGGAGGAUGGGGGCACCGGGGCUCCCCGGCGGGGAAGGAGCUGCGGGGAGCGGGCACGGAGCUCAGCAUCGCAGCUGAGUGCCUCCGAGGCUCUCCCCACGUCCCCCACAGGCGCUCGAGGAGCGGCAGAACCAAAGCCUGUCCGUCUGAUUGUAGGCACCGGCCUCGGGUGCCCCCCCGAAAUGAACAGAGCCGCCGACCCGCGUCCCUGAACCUGGAGAGGAACGCUUUCAUGCUCACAGCACACAGCUCCAGGACCCACUGGUCUGACUCAGCAAAGAGGGUUUCACUCAAAAAAGUGACCCCAGAAUGCAGCCAAAAGCUAUGCUUUGCCCCCAUAAACCAGACCUCCUGCAUACAUGAUGUCUUCUGUUACCAUGCGUGCUGAGGACUUUUCUCUUCAAUAUGUGCCUUUGGCUGAGCCAUGCUUGCACGCAGGGGCUGUGGUUUUGCAUCUCCCAGUUUCUAUAGGCACAAGAUUUUAUUCAUACCUUUGCUCUGAAACAUCUGCAUUUCACUUUCUUGCUAUAACAGACAAAGCUUUAAGUAACAACAAUAGAACACCAAGGGAUCUGAAAUAAGCCACGUUAGGAGUGGGGUAAAUAAGCAGCAUCCUCACGGCCUGCUUUCCUCCAGGGAACCUGUCCAGAAGCAAGCAGCCAAAUCACACACAUCCACAAACCUGCACAGAGCUCUGCACAGCAAACCCUGAGUGCUCCCCCAGCCCACCCUGAGCAGCUCUGUGACUCUGGGGACAACAGGCUCUCACACGCUUGUCAGAAACCACAUCAAAUUUCUAUUUUCUCAGCUAUUUUUUUCUCCCAGCUGUUUCUUGCAUGUUUUUCAGACAUGCAUUCUUUGUUCAGAAACACUUUCUAGCCAAGUUUAAGCAUUUUAUUUAAAAAAAAAAAAAACAACCUAUAACUUUGCAAAGAAAUGUGUAGAAUCGAGAAAGAAACGCAUGCUGUUGACUACACAUUGCAGCCUACUGCUCUUUCCCACCUCUUCCAAAACCAAUGAGUAUUGAAUCAUCUCCCUCACCCCUAAACGAGCCAGGCUAACCCAAGGAGAUCAAGGCCCAGCUUCCCAGAGCAAGGGACAAGGAGGAAAGCAGGAGGGGUGCUACAGCUCUUUGCAAAGAUGAAACCAAAAGCAAUGCCAAUAUUGAUGGACGUGCUCAACUUUGCUCAGAUGAGCAGUUUCAAUCCAAACAGAUGCAGAAGGGCCCUGUUGGCACACAGGCAUCAGCAUAGCACAGCAGCUGGGAUAAGGGAAUGAGUUUAAAACAAAAGGAAACCCAGUUUGUUGAAGCCAAGAGUAGUGCCAAGUGGAUUUGGGUCCAGAAAUUAGACCUCGUUCUUCAAAAAGACAAAAAGCUGCAACAUAUGAGCUGAAGAGAAAUAUAUUUAGCAGAUUUAUUUUCCUUCCUUUCCAUAUUUAAAUGGAAGCUGCUUUAAAAUACUAAAUAAACUGCAGCAAAUUGGCACAGCAAUGAAAUUAAAUAA